AUGAACAGUCCGGCCAGUCGCUUUCGCGAGUUAUCCAAGAACAUCAAUAGUUUGACCAAUCUUCUAGGCGUGGAUGUGCUGGCGCCCAAAUUGGAUUUCAACUAUCGCACUUGGACCACCAUCUUUGCGAUUGUUAACUAUGCGGGGUUCACUGUAUUCUCGAUACUAAACAAUGGUGGCGACUGGGUAGUGGGCCUGAAGGCCAGCCUAAUGGGCGGUGGCCUAUUUCAUGGCCUAGGAAAAUUUCUGACCUGCCUGCUAAAACACCAGGAUAUGAGGCGUCUCAUCCUUUACUCACGAAGCCUUUACGAAGAGUACGAGAAUCGGGGACAGUCCUACCACAAAACCCUAAACUCGAACAUAGAUCGCUUGCUCGGCAUCAUGAGGAUUAUUCGCAACGGAUACGUAAUCGCGUUUUGCAUGAUGGGAAUCCUGCCGCUGGCUAUGCUACUCUACGAUGGAACGCGGGUCACUGCAAUGCAGUAUUUGAUUCCAGGUCUGCCGCUGGAGAACGACUUUUGCUACAUUUUGACAUACAUGAUUCAGUUGGUGACAAUGGUUGUGCAAGGCGUAGGAUUCUACGCAGGCGAUUUGUUUGUCUUUCUCGGUUUGACUCAGAUCCUUACGCUUGGCGAUGUGCUUCAGUUGAAAAUAAAUGAGCUUAAUGAUGCCUUGGAACACAAAGCAGAAAACAGAGCUUUGGUGGCAAUCGGUGGGCAGAUACAAGGAGAGGAAAUGCGCCAACAUCUACUCUUGGAAGUGAUCAAAUGGCAUCAACUAUUCACGGACUACUGUCGUACUGUGAACGCCCUUUACUAUGAAUUGAUCGCCACUCAGGUUCUGUCCAUGGCUUUAGCCAUGAUGCUUAGCUUCUGCAUUAAUUUGACUAGUUUCCAUAUGCCAUCGGCCAUUUUCUUCGUGGUUUCCGCCUACAGCAUGUCCAUCUAUUGCAUUCUGGGCACCAUUCUUGAGUUUGGAUAUGACCAGGUGUACGAGAGCAUCUGCAAUGUGACCUGGUACGAGUUGAAUGGCGGGCAGCGAAAGCUUUUUGGAGUGAUGUUGAGAGAAGCCCAGUAUCCGCACACUAUUCAGAUACUUGGAGUUAUGUCGCUUUCCGUAAGAACGGCCUUGCAGAUAGUAAAACUCAUUUACAGCGUGUCCAUGAUGAUGAUGAACCGUACUUAG